UAAUUUGACAACUUUAAACACAUAUUCGAUAAGAUUAAUUCAACUCAAAGUUUAUAAAUGGAAAGCAAUUUGUGAGCAGAAAAACAAUUUAAUUAACGUCCCAUUUCUAAAGAUUGUUAAUUAUUUUGAAAAUGAGGCUAAAAAUUCAAAUAAAAAUAUUUUGCCUACGAACGACUUUUUAAGGGGAAAAUUAAUUAAAAUAAUAAUUGAUGAUUCUGAAGGAAAUUUGGAAAGAAGUUUAAAUGAAAAACAAAUAAAUGUUAUUAAUAUGAUUAAUGAAAUUAUUGGUAAUUAUAUGCAUAAUGUUCAAAAUACAAUGUCACUUUUAAUACCAAAUUCAAAUGAAAGUUUUUUGUAUGGAUUAAUGGAGAUGAUAGAAAGUAAUUAUGGGGUAAAUAAAGGAAAAAUUGGAGGUUUAUUUUUAAUAAUUAUUGUUAGUAUUUUAAAAAAAUUUAAAUUUAAAGAACAAAGUAAUAAACAUAAAGGAAAGAAUAUUGAGGAAGUUCAAAACAAGAAAAAAGGUAAGCAAAUUGCCGUUGAUUACCAUGAGAAUCGAGAUUUACAAAUUCAUGAGAAGGAUAUAAACGUGAAUGGAGAUAAAUUAGAAGAAAUUUUAAAUAAAAUUUUUGUUUUAUUGGAGAAUUAUUUAAUGAAUGAUAAAAUAAUUCCAAAAGAUAAUUCAAAACAAAAGCACAAUCUUCCUCCUAAAAGUCCUUCUUCUAUUCAUUUUAAUCAAAGUCAAACAAAUGUCCGCUCAAACAAACGGAAUCACGAAGGAGGUAGGAAUUUUGGUUAUUUAAAUUAUUAA